AUGUCCCUACUGCCUGCCGGGGCCCUGCCUCAUAGAAGGCCCCUCUGUGAUGUAAUGGGCGCCGUCACCAGCCUCUGCCGGCUGCGGAGCAGUCAUCACCUGCUGCUGGCUGUAGCAUCCUUCGUGGGGCUGAGGGGCCCUCAACAAACGCGGCCCAGACGAGCAGGUUUCCAGGGGCCCUCAGCACAGCUGCAGGCGGAGGGGCAGCUGUGCCCCGGGAGCGGCGAGCACAGAGCGGCCGGGACGGGGAUUCUGUCCCAGGCAGGCGGCCGCUCGGCUGGCGCGCUGGACGCCUUGAUCGGGAGCUCAGGAGGGAAGCUGGGCCUGUAUCCGCGCCGCCACCUUCCUAAAGCCCAGCUCUCGGGGCCGCGGGGCAGCACGCGCCUCCCCAGGCCCGGCCUCUCCGCUGGAGAGAUGCUGGCUUCAGAGCCCAUGAAGCCGGACCCGCAGGCCAGCGCCGCGGGUGGGAGCCUCUCACCCAGCCCUGGGGACAGAGGCAGGGCUGUGAUCCGCGUCACGGGCAGGGGAGGUGGCGGAGGUCCGGCCGUCUCCAGGGUGUGGCUCCAAGCUGCCGCGGGCGCUGCCGUCCAAACGAGCGGGGCCGGAGGAGAGCCUGGAUGGAGGCCCGGCCAUGGCCUGAAGCAGUGGGGCUCGGGCCGGGCCGGGACCGUGCCUGUUAGGUCAUUCUUCCGUGUUCUGUCGGCAGAACUGGGUCACGCGGCGGGCCUUGGCUCUGAGGGAGGCUCUGCGGGGUGGGGGUCACGGGGGAACGGAGAAGCUUUCCAGGCUCUGGUGGUCCCGGCAUUGAAGACCUCGCAGCGGCUGCGGAGCUUGAAGCUUGGGCAGAAGCCCCCGAAGGGCCCAGAUGAGUGCUCGGAGCCGAAGCCUGGGCUGGCCCUCAUCUUCCCCUGUCCCCCCCCGGGCACCCCCACUUCUGGGGGCGUUCACCCCUCGGACACCGCCGCCCGGCUCCUAGCCCCAGACCUUUGCGCGUGCGCCCCUGACCACCCGCGCCUCCGCCGGGUCGGGCUUCUCUUCCCUGCUUCAGGUCGUCCUCACACGGAGGCCUGCCCACCUGCCCACGCGAUUUUAAACCGUGCGAGCCGUUUCCCGUCCGUCUCCCUUGGUCUGUUUCUCCCUUCAGCAGCUGCCAUCCUCUGCCACGCUCGUUUCCCGUGUGUCCCUCCCACGUCCGCCCUGGAGCGGAGGCUCCUCUAG